AUGAUGGGCUCUAAAGAACAUAGCGAGAGAAGAAGAAUUUUCGCUCGGGCCUUCUCAAAGACAGAGAUUCGUUCAACAUGGGAAACAAUGGUCAAAGAAACUAUUGAUCUUGCUUUGGACAGAAUCGCCGGUGAUCUCGAGAGCGGCAAGGCUGAUAUUAUGAAAUGGCUUCUGUUCAUGGCAACAGAUGUCAGCGGUCAGCUAAUGUUUGGCGAAUCAUUUCGCACCCUGGAGCAUGGAGAGAUCAACAAUUACAUGAAAACUCUCCAGAUGGCUGGUAAAGGUGGCAUCAUAUCAGAAGAGCUCCCUCUCGUUGGGUUCUUGGGAUAUUAUUUACCCGUUCCCGCCGUUCGCGACGUGUUUAGGGCCAACGCCAAGCAGACUAGUCUCGGCGAAGAAGCGAUAGAAAAUGGCAUUCAGAACGGGACCGAUAAGCGCAGCAUCUUUACGCAGCUCGAUGAAGGCUCUGGUACUCUGAACAGGCUGGAUUUGAGUGCAGAAGCGGGUAACUUUAUCCUCGCUGGAACAGAUACCACAGCCUUCACCCUCACAUGCCUACUGUGGGCUGUUUUGCGUCACGAUUCCCUCCGAGUAGCCAUUGAAGAAGAGGUUUCAGGGUUGCCAGAUGACUUCAAUGAUGCAGAAGUGGAAGCCCUGCCUCUGGUUGGUGCCACCAUCAAUGAAACUCUCAGGCUAUAUGGCCCUGCUGCGGGAAGUUUGCCGAGAAUUGCGAAGCAGGGUGGUGCCGAGUUAGGAGGUUAUUACAUUCCUGAGGGUGUGACAGUGAGUACGCAGGCCUUUACUUUACAUCGAAACGAAGAUUUCUGGCCAGACGCCAAGAGAUUCGAUCCGUCCAGAUGGCUCGGUAACUCCCACAAAGAAGCUGCGAAGAUGGCGUUCGCGCCAUUUGGAACAGGGCCCCGGGUUUGCAUAGGACUUCAUUUGGCUCAGAUGGAGAUGCGCUAUACGAUUGCCUUGUUCUUCAGACGGUUCAAGGGAGUAAGGCUUGCCGCCGAAUGCCCCAUGUCAUUGGAGUUCGAAAAUUACUUUCUGCUCAAGCCGAGGGGGAAGUUCAACAUCGUACCGGCUCAACCACUCUGA